AUGGAGUCAUCAAAGCCGCCAAGAAUAAAAAACGAUGGGCAUCAGUCAUUUGUUAGUGGUAGCACUGUUGAGCAACAACAGUAUGCUCGACAUUUUGCUAAUCAAAUUGUACCAGAUAUUGAUGUAAUGAUUGUAGAAGGUUGUAUUCAUAAUCCACAAACCAUAAUGCCAACAUCUGUACCAGGUUUUGUUCAAAUUCAAUUUGAUGGUGUUGAACGUUUAGGCGGAUUAUCUUUAUUUGAAGUAAAAUAUAACUCGGAUGGUAUAGCAUGUUUAAAUGGUUUAAAAAUGAAACAAAAUCUAACAAAAACAGAAGAAUCCCACAUGGUGGCACUAAAUGCAGCGACAAUCACUGGUGAAACUAAUUCGGAAUCUGCAAGUGCAGCUAGAACAGUAGUUACGAAUACAAUCAAUAUUGACCAAAUAUUUAUGGAAAUAUUAGAUGUAAUUGAAAUACAACAACAAGCGUUCAAUUUUGUGGAAAUGAAAAACAAAUAUAAGUUAUUUGGUCCAAAACUUCAAGAAUUUACAUUAACAAAAGUAUUUCCAGUUUAUGAACCAGUGAUUGAAAAGGGUGAUGAAUAUCAUCAUCAUCAUCAUCAUCAUUCGGCUGCGAACAGUCUGGGUUUGCAGGCGACAAUAAUCUUAGACCAAUUCUCUCUGUUGGCGGCAGCUUUUCUCAUUUCGUCGACCGAUGGCUGA